UUCGCUUUGCUGCUGUCAGUUGGACAUUCCAUCCAACUGCCCCUGAAGUACAUUCCAGCCCACUGAGCAUGCUCAGUUCAUAUGACUGACUUUCACUAAGUAUAACAAUCAACAAGUUCACCAGAAAGCCUUUCCCAACAUCAGGACACUAAAGCGACCACAGAAAACCAUUCCUGAAUUUGUGAUCAAUGGACUCAAGUUUAGGGAGAGGAGCACCUUUGGUCUACAACAAUGGUUUGAAUCCCAGUCUCUAAUUACUUCUUUCCCAAAUACUCUGGUAAUCAAAGGGAAAUAUUUGGUGAGAUGCAGCCAUUUUGUUGGUUAGCAGGAGUUCAGACACAAGAAAAUGUCAUAGUGGUAGAAUACAGUAUCAACCUCAACAGCAAGCCCAUCGCUGGAAGCUCCCAGACCAUUGUGCCAAUCAAGUGGAGGAGGCACUUUCGUUUAGAGAGGCUUAUGUGAACCUUAUAUGAGAAACUUGCCAACCUGCCUGUUUGAUGUUCUAGCCUUACUAUUUCGAAUACUUAGGUGCUAUCUUUUAGAGACCCUAAAAUAGCCAAGACAUGACACCCAGUACAGAGGAAUUCAUAGAGAUGUUUGGGGAUAUUAACCUCACUCUUGGCAUGCUGAACAAGGAAGAUAUUGUUAACAAGGAAGACAUUUACAGUCAUCUCACUUCUGUUAUUCAGAAUACUGACAUCUUGGAUGAUGCAAUUGUCCAACAGUUGAUUUAUUAUGCUUCUAAGGACAUGAGAGACAACAAUAUGCUCAGAGAAAUCAGAAUGCUAGCUGGUGAGGUUUUGGUGUCUCUUGCUGCACAUGAUUUCAACUCUGUGAUGUAUGAAGUACAAAGUAACUUCAGGAUCUUAGAGCUACCAAAUGAAUUCGUUGUGCUUGCCCUGGCUGAAUUGGCAACCAGCUAUGUGUCCCAGAGUAUUCCCUUCAUGAUGAUGACCCUGCUCACCAUGCAAACCAUGCUCAGGCUAGCCGAGGAUGAAAGGAUGAAGGGGACUUUCUGUAUUGCCCUUGAGAAAUUCAGCAAAGCCAUUUACAAAUAUGUCAACCACUGGAGAGAUUUUCCCUACCCGAGACUGGAUGCCAACCGACUGUCUGACAAGAUCUUCAUGCUGUUCCGGUAUAUAAUGGAGAAGUGGGCUCCUUCGGCCUCACCCAUGCAGACUUUGAGCAUCAUUAAGGCCCACGGGCCCACGGUGAGCUUGCUGCUGCAUCGGGAAGACUUCUGCGGAUAUGCUCUGGGCCAGGUGCCCUGGCUCCUGAGCCAGUAUAAAGACAAAGAGAUUGAUUUCCAUGUCACUCAGAGUCUAAAACAAAUACUGACUGCAGCAGUUCUUUAUGACAUUGGCCUGCCAAGGAGUUUGAGAAGAUCCAUCUUUAUCAAUUUACUGCAGCAGAUCUGCAGAGCUCCAGAGCCUCCAGUAAAGGAAAAUGAAAUGGAAGCUUCAAGCUGUUUUCUCAUUCUAGCCCAUUCCAAUCCUGGAGAGCUGAUGGAAUUUUUUGAUGAACAAAUAAGAAGUAAUAAUGAAGCCAUUCGAAUGGGAAUCUUGACUUUGUUAAGAUCGGCUAUCAAUGCUGAGGAGCCCAGGUUGAGGGAUCACAUCAUUUCAAUAGAAAGAACAGUCAAAAUCGUCAUGGGUGAUCUCAAUACAAAAGUGAGAAAUUCUGUUCUUCUCCUCAUCCAAACCAUGUGUGAAAAGUCCUAUAUUGAAGCUCGGGAAGGAUGGCCAUUGAUUGAUUAUGUCUUCUCCCAGUCUGCAACGUUGAACAGCAAUCUGGAGAAACCAGUGAAAACUAACUUUCAUGAGAAUGAAAAGGAAGAGGAAUCUGUCCGAGAAACAAGCCUUGAGGUCUUAAAAACCCUGGACCCACUGGUCAUUGGAAUGCCUCAGGUGCUGUGGCCAAGGAUCCUGACUUUUGUGGUACCUGCAGAAUACACAGAAGCUCUGGAGCCCCUGUUUAGUAUCAUCAGAAUCCUGAUUAUGGCAGAGGAGAAGAAGAAGCACAGUGCCAAGGAGUCAACAGCACUUGUCAUCUCUACGGGAGCUGUGAAACUUCCUUCACCACAGCAGCUACUGGCCAGACUUCUGGUAAUAUCUAUGCCUGCCAGUUUAGGGGAGUUACGUGGGGCUGGUGCAAUAGGGCUUUUGAAGAUACUGCCUGAGAUCAUUCACCCAAAAUUGGUAGACCUAUGGAAAAUACGUUUACCUGAGCUUCUGCAGCCUCUGGAAGGAAAGAACAUCAGUAUUGUUCUAUGGGAAACCAUGCUGCUUCAGUUGCUCAAAGAAUCCUUGUGGAAGAUCGAUGACGUGGCCUGGACCAUUCAACUGACUCGGGAUUUCAAACAACAAAUGGGCAGUUACAGCAAUACCUCCAUUGAGAAGAAAUUCCUUUGGAAAGCCUUGGGAACCACCUUAGCAUCCUGCCAAGAUUCAGACUUUGUAAACUCACAGAUUAAGGAGUUUCUGACUGCUCCCAACCAACUGGGGGAUCAAAGACAGGGAAUAACAUCUAUUUUAGGAUACUGUGCCGAGAACCAUUUCGAUAUUGUUUUAAAAGUACUUAAAACAUUUCAAAAUCAGGAAAAGUUUUUCAUGAAUCGAUGUAAGAGCCUUUUUUCUGGGAAAAAGAGCCUGACCAAGACAGAUGUCAUGGUCAUCUAUGGAGCUGUGGCCCUCCAUGCUCCCAAGAAGCAACUUCUCUCCAGACUUAAUCAAGACAUCAUAUCCCAAGUCCUGUUUCUUCAUGGCCAGUGCUCUCAGGUUCUUGGCAUGUCUGUGAUGAACAAGGACAUGGAUCUGCAAAUGAGUUUCACAAGAAGCAUCACUGAGAUUGGCAUUGCUGUCCAAGAUGCUGAGGAUCAGGGGUUCCAGUUUUCCUACAAGGAGAUGCUGAUUGGUUACAUGCUGGACUUCAUUAGAGGCGAGCCCCUGGAUUCCUUAGCUAGCCCUGUUCGGUGGAAAGCCUUAAUCGCCAUUAGAUAUCUCAGUAAACUGAAACCUCAGCUGUCACUACAAGAUCACCUUAACAUUCUUGAAGAGAAUACUCGGAGGCUGCUGCCCCUUCCACCUCUGGAAAAUCUGAAAAGUGAAGGCCAGACAGACAAGGACAAGGAGCACAUUCAAUUUCUCUAUGAACGAUCCAUGGAUGCCCUAGGAAAACUUCUGAAGACCAUGAUGUGGGAUAAUGUGAAUGCAGAGGACUGUCAGGAAAUGUUUAAUCUUCUCCGAAUGUGGCUUGUUUCACAAAAAGAGUGGGAAAGAGAAAGAGCCUUCCAGAUCACUGCGAAAGUGCUGACAAACGAUAUUGCGGCACCAGAGAACUUUAAAAUUGGUUCACUGCUUGGACUCCUGGCUCCUCACUCCUGUGAUACCCUGCCCACCAUCCGUCAGGCGGCUGCUAGCUCAACUAUUGGUCUGUUCUAUAUAAAAGGCAUUCACCUGGAAGUGGAAAGACUGCAGGGUUUGCAGGAAGGGCUGGAGAGUGAUGAUGUGCAGGUUCAGAUCAAGAUUUCUUCUAAAAUAGCUAAGAUUGUCAGUAAAUUCAUCCCAAAUGAAGAAAUUCUGAUGUUCUUAGAGGAAAUGCUGGAUGGUCUGGAGAGCCUCAACCCCACAUGCACAAAGGCCUGUGGCAUAUGGAUGAUCACUGUCCUGAAGGAGCAGGGAGCUGCUCUGGAAGAUCAGCUAUUGGAGAUCUUAAGCACAAUUUACCAUCACAUGCCAGUCCUCAGACAAAAAGAAGAAAGUUUUCAGUUCAUGCUAGAAGCCAUCUCCCAGAUAGCCAGCUUUCACAUGGAAACAGUUGUUGACAACCUUUUACAGAAGCCUCUGCCCUUUGACAGGGACACAAAGACAUUGUGGAAGGCGCUGGCUGAAAAGCCAGCCUCCAGUGGGAAACUCUUGCAAGCCUUAAUAGACAAACUGGAGACCGAGUUAGAAGAUGACAUCGCCAGGGUUGAGGCAAUUUCAGUGGCCUGUGCUAUGUAUGAAGUGAUCUCAAUAGGCACCUCUGUCACCGGCUUGUAUUCAGAGCUGUUCACUCUCCUCCUGAAGCUGGUUAGCUGCACACUGGGCCAGAAGAUGCCCACUUCUUCCUGGAGCCGCAGGCGGCAUGUGAUGCAGCAGGGAGAACAGCAGCAGAUCCCAGACCCCUGCAGGCUUUCAACUGCUACUCUAAGAUGUUUGCAAGCCCAAGCCAUGAGAGAAGGCCUUGCAAAGGAAUCUGAUGAGGGGGACAACUUAUGGACUCUCCUCAGCAGUCCUAGUACACAUCACAUAGGCGUGUGUUCACUGGCCAGGAGCAUGGCAGUGUGGCAACACGGAGUCAUACUGGACAUCAUGGAACAGCUACUCUCAUCUCUCACUUCCUCCUCGGAGAACUACCGGAUAACCGGCACCGCUUUCUUCUCUGAGCUCAUGAAGGAGCCAAUCCUUUGGAAGCAUGGGAAUCUGCGAGAUGUGCUGAUCUUGAUGGAUCAAAGUGCCUGGGACUCCAACGCCACUCUGAGGCAGAUGGCCAUCCGAGGGCUCGGCAACACAGCAUCUGGGGCUCCUCACAAGGUGAAGAAACAUAAGCAGUUAAUGCUAGAAUCUAUCAUCAGAGGCCUGUAUCACCUGGCUCGCACCGAAGUCGUCUGUGAAAGCUUGAAGGCUCUAAAAAAAAUCCUGAAUCUGCUCACAGACCGAGACGUGAGCUUCUACUUCAAGGAAAUAGUGCUGCAAACAAGGACCUUCUUUGAAGAUGAGCAGGAUGAUGUGAGAUUGACUGCCAUCUUCUUAUUUGAGGACCUGGCAUCCCUAACAGGAAGAAGGUGGAAGAUUUUUUUUGCUGAAGAAAUAAAAAAGAGCCUGAUCUCAUUCCUUCUGCACCUUUGGGAUCCCAACCCCAAGAUUGGAGUUGCUUGCCGUGAUGUCUUGAUGGUCUGCAUUCCCUUUUUGGGCCUCCAGGAACUCUACGGGGUAUUAGACCAUCUCCUUGAUCAGGAUCUACCAAGGGUCAGGGAUUUCUAUAGGCAAUUCUGUGUGAAACUGGCCAAGAAAAACCAGGAAAUUCUGUGGAUCCUCCACACACACUCCUUCACCUUCUUCACUAGCAGCUGGGAGGUGAUCAGGAGUGCAGCUGUCAAACUCACAGAUGCCAUUAUUCUCAAUUUGACCAGCCAAUAUGUGGAGUUACUAGACAGAGAACAACUGAUCACACGGCUCCAAGCACUUCGUCAAGAUCCUUGUAUUAGUGUCCGGAGAGCAGCUGAGGCUGCUUUGCAGACCCUCCUGAGAAGGUGUAGAGAGACAAGCAUUCCUCUGUAAGCCAUCAAGAAAUAAACUGCUGGCUUUUCCUA